AUGGUAAAGAAUGGUCUGUCAAAUUUGGGAGUUGUUUUCUUGUUUCUAGUGGUUGUUUUGGUUCCAUGCUCUAUUGACUAUGUUCUGCCUUCUCCCAAAGAGUUAAUCCCAACGAACGGUUGGAGAAGAAAGUUGAUACCAGUACGGUCAUCAGUCAGUCGACGAGCUGCUAUAAAAGGUGCUCCUCCAUCGCCACCACCGUCGGCGAUUUCUAUGAAACUUUCAGCAGCCAAAUCCAACAAUUUGCCCUGUUUUAACCAGUCAUCAAACCAGCAAAAGUACGUUCAUCCCAUUUCUUAUCUCAAAUCGAAUGAAAGGAUAAGCAGCCUCACGAAGCUGGAGAAGCUUCCUCCACAUCCAAGAAUCAUUGGAGGUUGCGUUGGGCGACUCAAGCCAAACGGCUCCGUUCUCAGCUACCGAAAAUCACGUCUUCUCGCCUCCUUCUCUUCUUCGUCGAUCGCUUUGACGAACUCGAUUCCGCCCAGCCGUUACAGGCUACCAAAUACGAUUAGUAACCUCCGCUCCGACGCUCGCCAUGGUUCACGGGUAGCCGUAUCAGCAUCUUCCCUCCUCCAUCAGUUUCUAGGAUUUAAGUGUUUUAGUAAAUCACAGCCUAAAGGACUUUAUGAAGCUAAUGAGUUAACAACGCCAGCAAAGUGCUUCAUGUUCGAUUUAGAGUUUACAGAAAUAGCUCGAGAUGAUGAUGAGCUUUCGAUUUUUCGUAAAUUGGAAAGGUUUUCAUUACUCUCCAGAUGUUGUUACGGGAAGGAGUUAAAUCUUGGUACUUGGGAACAGCUGUUAAGAGAAAGGGAUCUCCUCAUCAUCAAGUUGCAGCACAGGACCGAGAAAAGUUUAAAGCAGCUUCAGCACCUGAACUGCUGCAAGGCAAAUGGUGACGACAAGGACAACACUGAACACUGUAGUGCAGGAGAAGUGGAAUCUGAGCUUGAAGACGAGAGGGUCGUAAAAAGGAAAGUCAACAUUGACUUGGUUGCAACACCCUGCAAGAGAGAGAGACUUUCAAGGGGAAGCAAGGAGGGAUUGAAAGAUCCACCAAAUCAAGAACAGAGAAACCUGAUAUCACUGCAGCAAAUGGAGUGCUUGAGAGCUACUCACCGACAAGUUAGAGUUGUGCAGCUCUUUGUUGAGAAGUUUGACCUAGCACUCGCCCAAACCCCAGCCCCCCCUACUCCGACUGCCACUUCUGACUUCUCUGCCACCAGCCGCCACUCUUCCGUUGCAACUCGACCACCAACCGCAACUCCUUUGGUGGCUACCCUAUCACCCGCCGCUAACCCAGCCUCCGCCACUACUCCGGCUGAUGUUCCCGACACUUAG